AUGGCAUACCAAAUUCUGCUCCCUCCUCUCCCGCCCACCCCUCCAAACUGCUCCACAGCCUCAGAGGAGCGCAACUGUUCUUUCAGCAACCUGUCAACCAGCGCUGCCUACGGCCAUGAGGAUGAGUGUGACAGCAACAAGACGUUGUUUGUCAUCAUGGCGAUAGCCUACUGUGCGGUGGCCUUGCUGGGUGUCUUGGGGAACCUGGCUCUUGUCCUUGCAAUUGUUCGACAGCGAGAAAUGCACAAUGUGACGAAUGUUCUCAUCGCGAACCUCUCCCUGUCGGACCUGUUGAUGUCACUGGUCUGCCUGCCGUUCACCUUCAUCUACACCUUCAUGGAUCACUGGGUGUUUGGGGAGUUCCUCUGCAAGCUCAACGGGCUGGUCCAGUGCUGCUCAAUUACCGUCUCCAUCUUCUCUCUCGUCCUCAUUGCCAUGGAGAGGCACCAGUUGAUCCUGCAUCCGCGUGGCUGGCGACCCACCACACAUCAUGCCUGCAUGGGCAUCGCGGCCAUCUGGACGCUGGGCUUGGCGACUGCCACCCCGUUUCUGCUGUUCUCUGUAGUAACGGACAUCCCACUGGUGCAGCUACCACCGGAGAUGAGUGAACAGUUCAAGGGGAAGGUGGUGUGUAUAGAAAUGUGGCCCUCCACAGGCUUCAAACUGACUUACACCACUUCUAUGCUCUUCCUCCAGUAUAUCACACCUCUUCUUUUUAUUUUUGUCUGCUAUUACAAGAUCUACAUCCGGCUGCGAAGGCGCCACUGCAUGCGUGAGGGUCGGCAGCGCAGUGGCGAGGUGCGGCGCAUCAACAUCAUGCUCUUCAGCAUCGUGGUGGCCUUCGCCGUCUGCUGGCUACCACUCAAUGUUUUCAAUGCCAUCCACGACUGGUACCACGAGGCCGUGAUGAACUGCACACACAACCCCCUCUUCUCGCUUUGCCACCUGUUAGCCAUGGCCUCAGCUGGGGUCAACCCCAUAUUCUAUGGCUUCCUCAACCGGAACUUCCAGCAGGAUAUCCGUGGCUUCCCACUUUGUCGUUUGAGUCGCCGCCGGCAGCAGGAAGAGUAUGACACGGUGGCCAUGUCAACCAUGCAUACAGAGGUCUCGCGUACCUCUUUUAAACUCAGCAGCCUUGACAUCUAAUGUUACCUACACCUAAAGCGUUGGAUGACUGUUUAUGUGAAGCUAUAUCCUUUUGUGUUUCUCUACAUUGUUUUGUUUGUAAACUCAAUAUUUAUACUCUGAUCCGGCAAUGACUCUGUUACUUGAUUUGUAAUAAGAUUGGUUGUAUAUCAGGUGAAUAUACAGUAUGUACUGUAUGUGCUCCAAUCAUUGAAUCAUUGAAAAUAUUACUCCAUAGUGUUAUUCUUCCGCAGAAUGAACAUGUAUCAGUCAGUCAAAGUGCUUGUCAGACAAGCAUUAUUCCUGUCUCUGGUUAGGUCUGAAGUUCAUGGUGAAUUUAUUCAGUUACAGUAAAUGCCACCAGCAGUCAAUGGCAUUGAUAAUUUGUGCUGUCUGAUUCAUGUCUGUCAUCAUGUCUUUGUAUGUAAGAUGUGUGUGUGCAUGCCUCCAUGAAAUGUGUGUGCGUGCAAAUGUGUGCGUGCCUAUGUGUGUGUGUGUAAAGACAAAAACAAGUUUGAAAGCAAACCUAGUACAUAUUUCGUUUUUAGAGGAAUAUAUUAUAUUUCUUAUUAGUUUGCUGAAUGUAAAGUGUAAUACAAUAUGGUCCAAAAAGAUUGGACUGAUCUCAUGACUAUUGCUUAGCUGUCAAGCUUCAUCAUGGAAUCAGUCAGUGGCCAUUCGAAAGAGGAGUUCCCAAAAUGUUAAUGGCUGUCACAUUGUAGACACACCGAUUGGCUUGCCUUUUGGUGGGAAGGGUUGGUGUAAAGGAGUUUAAGUCUCACUCCCCGUCAUAGAGUAUGUAUUAUGGCAUCCACAUACUUUUUUUGGUCCACAAUCACAAAAUUCCACUACUGUACCUGGACCUGACAUCAUUUUAAAGGCAGAAAGUAGGAGACUGGCUUCACUAAUGUUUUCUGAUGCUGUUUCUGAACAAAAUACUGCAUAAUGAAAACAAUAGAUUCUGUUUUUAAUAACUUUGUAUGUGCAGCAUAUUGUUUUGUAUUGUGUUUACAGUGUUUUAUUCUUUUAAAUGUUUGUACUUUUUACUAUUGAAAUAGCUAAGCUUUAAUUGUCUUGCUACCUCAACAAUGCAUUAA